GAGACCCCGCCCCGGAAAUGCGUGUUCUAGCUUUCUGUGUGCUUAGGUGCCCGAGCUACUGAGGGUCUAAGUCUGGGCAGCCGAAGAGUGUGGUAGGUAACGGUCGUCAGCGCAAGGGUCAUUUCGUCGCUGGGAAGGGACGGCCCUCGCCCGCGGUGAUGGUGGUUAGCAAGAUGAACAAAGAUGCGCAGAUGAGAGCAGCGAUUAACCAAAAGUUGAUAGAAACUGGAGAAAGAGAACGCCUCAAAGAGUUGCUGAGAGCUAAAUUAAUUGAAUGUGGCUGGAAGGAUCAAUUGAAGGCACACUGUAAAGAGGUAAUUAAAGAAAAAGGACUAGAACACGUUACUGUUGAUGACUUGGUGGCUGAAAUCACUCCAAAAGGCAGAGCCCUGGUACCUGACAGUGUAAAGAAGGAGCUCCUACAAAGAAUAAGAACAUUCCUUGCUCAGCAUGCCAGCCUUUAAGAUUGAAUUAGAUUGUGUUGUUCUGUGGUUUAUUCUGAAAGUAAAACUUGCCAUAAAUUAGAAAUCAAUUUCCCAAAAUAAAAUCCUUUUUUGUAUGAUGGUAUACAGUUUUCAGUAAUGAUGUAUACAUUGUAUUGAUUUUUUUCCCUAAAUGUGUUAUUUUAAUAAAUAUCUCAUGAAUGAGUUUGAAGUUUGCUUGGAUUUUGAAAUAGGACUUUGUCUUUAUUACAAAUUCACCAAGUUUAUUAAGAAAAAGUCAGCAAUUAAUACAGUGUACGUACUUGCAAGUCUCUGUAACAACAAAGAAGUAAGCUGCCUUUCUUGAUCAUCUGCAUAUAGUGUAUUCUCCUUUGAAUCCCCGUAAUAUUUUAUAAAUUGUAAUGGCCCAUCUUGUGUUCCAUUAUUUGUCUUUUUAAAAAUUAUUAUUAUUUGUUAUAAAUUCUGAGGGUUAGGACUGGGUCUUACUCAUCUUUAUGUGCCUUCCUUAUGCUUCAAUGAAUUUAUCAUCUAGUGGAAGAGAGAACAUUUGCAAGCUGGCUCCAUACCAAGCUCCUCUGCAUACUCUACUCGACUGAACUUUGAAAGCAGAAUCUUUUAAUUGCAGCCCCACAUACUAAGGUCAAGAAAGAAUUUCAUGGGAAAUAACCUCCACCCAUUAGCUUUACUCUGACAUCAAGAUUACCAAAUCCAAUGGACACAUUUAUUAUGUGACGUCUGCUGGGAAAACAAAGUUGACCAUCCUGCCACUUGGAACUCUUUCCUCAUAUUGUUUCUCCCUACCACUGGAAGUUCCUUCUGUUUCUUGUGAAGUACUUUUUGCUGUAUGAGACUUUUAAAUUAUGGUGUUUUUUAGGGCUCCUUCUCGGGCCCACCAGCUAACUGGAUAUACUUUUUUUCUGGGUAAAUCCCCAAAAACUCAAGUCAGACCAUGACUUUAAAUACCAGCAGGUUGAUAAAUUGCAUCUCAAAGCCAGACUUCAUGCCAGCCUCCAGACCCAUAUACCCAACUGCUAUGGAUCAUCAUCUUUGGAUAUUCCACAAACAAUUCAAACUGACCAUGUGAUUUUUCCCCCAAUAACUGCCCUUGCUGUCAUCUCUGUGUGAAUGGUACUUCCCAGACAUGCAGGUUACCUUGAGGAUUAUGUUAAAAUGCCGAUUCAGAAGGUAAGGGUUAUGACACAAGAUUCUGUAUUUUUGACAAUUCCUAUUGGUCCUGCUGCUGAUUAAGGACCACUUUGAGUAUAGCAAGGCUAUAAGUUGUCUACUACUUGCCCUCCUAACUCCUAGUUCAAUCCAGAUUGUUGCAGUAGAUUUCAAAUAUUUCCUUGCUCUAGCUAUUCUAUGCCUUCAAUUAUCUCUUCCACACUUGCCUAAGUGACCUUACUAAUAAAAUUGAAGUUGGGUCAUUUUAUUCCCCCUGGUUAAAACUCAGUACAGGUUGAAAUUCAAUCAGCAUCAGGCUUUUUUGAUCUAACAUUGGCUUGUUUUGAGUCCCCAAAAGCAUCAAGUUGUUUCAUUCCUAAAUACUUUAGAAAAUCAUCAGGCUAGAAAGCCCUUCUCUCCUACUUAUUUCAUUCCUAUGUACCCUUCCAAAUUCAGCUUGAGUUGCUGAAACAUUUUGAUACUCCUCUCUGAUUUAGAUUCCCCACCACUUUAUUAAGCAGUUAUGCAUAUGUCUCUUCAACACAGCGAUUCUUGAGCUGUUGCAUGCAUAUUCUAGCAGGGAGGAAACGACUUAUUUACCAUUGUAUACUUAGCUGUGGAUGAAUGAAUUCAUGAAUAUAUGAGAACAUAAAAAUUUGGAUGUAAUUGAGGAAAGGCUUCACAUUAAUUUUUGGUUGACUGGCAGAAAGAACAAUUUCAACUUUCUGAUUUUCAAAUCUAGUUUUUGAAACAACUGGACUUAAUUAUGAAAGUUUUUUAAACCCUUGACACAACCACAAAACCUACCCAAAGAGCUUUUGUUUCCCUUCAUCUUAUGAAACAAUGUUUUAAAGAAUAAUGGGGAUGUUUCUUCUGUUACUGAUUAUCUGAAAGUAAGCAAACUUAAAUGGUACAUAGGAAAUGUCAGAAAUAGGUAGUUUUUACUUCAUAGUACUGUAUAUGGAAACAAGCCAAAAGUUCUUCAUAAAGAUAUAUUUUAAUAGCUCAAAAGAAAAUAUGAGAAAAUGAAAACAAGUUAGAAAAAAUUUUUGAAAUGAGAAAAAAAUAACUCAGUUGAAAACACUUCAUAGCAAUUUAAAGUACUAAGGAACUUAGAUUUAAUAUGAUAGUGCUGAGAACUCUCCCCACCUCUCUCCCCAUGGCCAUUAGGUUUCUUGGAUACCUUGUAGUGUGCAUCUAAAACCACUGAUAUCUUUCAAAUAAACCAAUUUUGUGAA